AUGGCGAUCACGUACCACGCGCCGCGCCGACGACCUCUUCAUCCGGCGCCAUCGCCUCGCCGCCGCUCGACGGCGGACGAGGAGCUCGUCGUCAUGGACGACGCCACCGCAAUCCGCACCACCGUCACGUCGUCCGCCUACGACGUCGUGUGCUUUCUCCGGGAGGUCCAGGCGCGCUUCCGCGAGGAGGUCCACGACUACAACAAGCGGCUGCAGGGACGCCCGGACCCGGAGGAACAGGACUGCCGCCAUUGCCUCGUCGUCGGCCUCGACACGGAGUGGCGCCAGAGCUUCCAGAACGGGAAGCCGCGGCACCAGGUCGCCGUCAUCCAGCUCUGCGUCGCCGACCGCUGCCUCGUCUACCAGGUCUACCACGCCGAGUACAUCCCCGCCGAGCUCGCCGACUUCCUCGCCGACCCCGCCUUCUGCUUCGCCGCCGUCGGGGUCGACGGAGACGUCAAGCGGCUGUGGGAGGACUGCAACCUCCACGUGGCCCACACGAUGGACCUGCCCCGGCUGGCCGCGGUCGUGCUCGGCCGGCCCGAGCUCCGGCAGGCGGGGCUCAAGACCCUGGCGCGCGAGGUGAUGGGCACGCUCGUCGACAAGCCCAAGAAGGUGACCAUGAGCAGGUGGGCCGCGCCGCGCCUCUCCGGGGAGCAGGUCCGGUACGCCUGCAUCGACGCCUUCGUGUCCUUCGACGUCGGCCGCCGCCUGCUCUGCCAACCCCAUGUUUGA